GUGAUAACCGCGUCCCGUGUACAUCAUCUCCAAUAAACGACCUUUCUUUUAUUAAUUAACGUGUCUCAUUGACUCUAACCCGCCUCAAAUUCGAUCACGUCAACAGGUUAUGGGCCACAGGAACGUUUUCCACUGCGCGAAACCAAAUUGUUUGUGAACUUUUUUAUUUUCCUGUGAUCGUUUGCGGCGUGCUUUCCUCGUGAUCGGAAACACGUGGAAGACAUUUUUUUUUCUUUCUCGUGGCGACCGGUUUUUGAGUGACUAACGAAUAGUUUAACGAGUGUUUAAAAAUUGAAACGAAAAGUGAUCUCAACGAUGUCGACUGUGAUAAAAAGUAUAAUAAAUCGAUACCGAUUUAUCCUAGGAAUGAAAAACGAGGAUGUCUUUGUCGAGGUGAAUAUGGACGACUCGAAUUUCACAGUGACCUUCAAAGACGGAGAAACGAUCAGUUUGAGCAAACUAUCUCUCAAAAAUGAAUGGGACAUUUUACGAGAGGAAAUAAAGAGUGCUAAUCACAAGUCAAACCCAGAGGGCGGCGACGUCAUUAGCAAAGGGGCGCAAGACCCAACAGUGAAUUCACUCACUGUUUUGUCACAAGGGGUUUUUGAUAACACGACCAAUCAGAAUAAAACAAUUCCCAUCGAUUCUUUUGAGGAAGCAAAAAUUCUUUCUGAUUUGCAAAAUCUGAUCGAUGAGUGUCCUGACAAACCAGAUGUGUCACCAGAUGCGACGAAGGGUUCUGGACUCCAUGACAACGAAGAGAUUUUAACUAUUUCAACUGAAAUUGUUUCAGCUCUUGAAAACAAAUUAGGAACAAUUGACAAUCAAAACUCGUCAAUUCCAAAAGUCGACGAUCAAACUGACGAUAAAGACAAAAAUAAUUCAACGACGGAAAUGACGAAAAACACUAACGAAAGUAUUGACAAAAUUGAAUUAACGACCGUGACUUCAAAUAAUAAUAACGACAGUAACGACAACCUUAAUUUUUCGAUAGAAUCAAAAAAAAAAAAACUGACAGUUUUCAUAAGACGAUAG